CGUCAGUGCUGCUCCAGUGUAGCCGGGGAUUUUUUUUUUUAAUAAUGAAAACUAUCCAUUUAACUUGCUCAAUCAGAAAGGACAGUUUUACCGCUGUAGCUAAAACCCGUCGAAAUGAGUAAACGCCAAAGGUUUCCUGUAUUGGGACUUGAGACACGGUAUGUCCUCUUCUCUUCAGCUUGACCAAAGCUUUGUAAGCUGUGACAUUGUAAACGCUGCUCUGACGAAAGGUGGAAAUAAAGCACACUGAAGCCGGCAGCGUUUUUCCGACAGCCCGCGGGCUCCGAGUUGACACAGAAGCCGCCUCAGCCAUACGCAACGAAGUUUCCCGGUUUUAAGGGACAUGUAAUAUGUGUCAGCGUGUACCGCCCGCACACAUAUGCACUGGGGUACAGAGGUAUUGAGGAUGACAGGUCUGAAUUUGUCAUUUGCUGCAUGUGGUUUCUUGGGGAUCUACCACUUGGGUGCUGUGGGGGCCUUUCUUCGCCAUGGGGACAAGCUCCUGGGCUCCCUCAGGGCCUGCGCAGGGGCCUCAGCUGGGGCCCUGGUGGCUGCUGUAAUGAUCACGGCUCCCGACAAGUUGGAGCACUGUAAAGAAUUCACCUACACGUUUGCUGACAGUGUGAGAGGACAGCAGUUUGGAGCCGUCACACCAGGGUACAACUUCAUGCUCACGCUACGGGAGGGGAUAGAGGAGAUUCUGCCCAGUGAGGCUCACAGACUGGCCACUGACCGCCUCCACAUCUCAAUAACACACUCCAAAAGUGGCAAGAACCAUAUUGUGUCCAGGUUUACCUCCAGGGAGGAGCUCAUAAAGGCUCUACUGGCCAGCAGCUUUGUACCAGUCUAUGCUGGACUCAAACCAGUGGAGUUCAGGGGACAGAAAUGGAUUGAUGGAGGGUUCACUGACAGCCUGCCAAUUCUACCAGUGGGACGAACCAUCGCUGUAUCUCCCUUUGCUGGACUGCAGGAUGUGUGCCCUGUCCACAGAGGGCACUUCAACACUCAGCUCAGACUGGCCAACAUGAACAUAAUGUUCUCCAUGGAGAACAUCAAACGUCUGAACCAGGCUCUGUUCCCUCCAUCGACUAGCAGCAUGCAGUUUUUAUGUGAAGAAGGUUUUGAUGAUGCCGUGAGGUUCUUGAAGAGAGAGGACUGGAUGAGCUGACGGUCAGAUCCACUCAGGGAAAGAACUAACUCUUAAGAACAAGCAUGAGAACAAAUGUGAGAAUGGAUUUUAUGGAUUUUACUGUAUUUAUUUGCUGUGUGAGUUUAGUUUUUCUUGUGUUUCCAUGGAGUGAUGUUGUAGAGAAAAUACAAACACACUGAACCAAAAGCUCUGUGUGGACUAUCUGGGAACAUCACUUGUGAUGGUUACGGUGCAU